AUGGAACGCAAGCAGACGUCACUUCUGGCAGCCUUUGAACAGCAGGAGAUCAACCGGAAUCCCAGGCUGCUACCCAACAUCACCCUGGGCUACAACAUCAAUGAGAACUAUUUUGAUGCAAGAAUGACUUACGAUGCCAUGGUAGAUCUGCUCUCUCCUGGGCAGGCAAAUGUCCCAAACUACAACUGUGGACAACAGAACAAGCUGCUGAUUUUUAUUGAAGGGUCCGACUCGGACACCGCCAUUCACAUUUCAACUAUGUUGGGUCUCUACAAAAUCUCCCAGACGGUGCCUCAUUCCAGAUGUAGCAGAAGCUGCAGUCCUGGCUACGUCAAGGUGAUUCGGGAAAGAGAGGCACGUUGCUGCUAUGAUUGUACCUCAUGCUUCGAAGGGACUAUUUCCACUGUAGAAGGAAUCUUCAUUAAGUUCCUAGAAACUCCCAUAGUCAAAGCCAACAACCGGGACCUCUCUUACAUCCUCCUCGUCUCCCUCCUGCUUUCCUUUUUGUCCUGCUUCCUGUUCAUUGGCCAGCCCAUUCAUGUGACCUGCCUCCUCCGACAAACGACCUUCAGCAUCAUCUUCUCAGUAGCUGUUUCUUCUCUGUUGGUCAAAACAAUCACUGUGGUGCUGGCCUUCUUGGCCACAAAGCCAGGAAACAAAGUGAGGAGAUGGCUGGGGAAGAGUUUGGCCAACUCUGUGGUCAUUUCCUGUUCUAGUGUUCAAGUUGUGAUCUGCGCCAUCUGGUUGGGGACCAAUUCCCCAUUCUCAGACUCCGACAUGCACUCCCAACCUGGGGAGAUCAUCCUGCAAUGCAACGAAGGGUCUGUCACCAUGUUCUAUGCUGCCCUUGGCUACAUGGGCUUCCUGGCUGCUAUCUGCUUCAUGGUGGCCUUCCUGGCCAGGAAGCUGCCUGGGUCCUUCAACGAAGCCAAGCUGAUC